UGGGUGGAUAAAUGAAUCCCGUCAUCUGUUCCAAGUUCCAACCGUACCGCCAUUAAAGCACUUCUGUUCAAACUCACCCCUUGCCUUUAUCUCCCUCCCUUCAAAGCAUCCUUACUCUCCUCCCCGUUUGCUGGAAUCACAAUGGGGUGCGUUUCGUCUACUCUGCUCAGCCAGGACGACGAGUUCGCUCAGAUCGGCGGCUCUGCCGCCUUUGGCCACCACAUUGUGUCCCUCACCUCCACCACCUACGGCCUCUUGACCCUCGAUCCGCCGGCGCCGUCAUCCGACGACAACAAGAAUGGUUCUUCUCCGGUGCGGACCACCGCUCCAGCUACACCAAUUCCACCCACUCGGUUCAGUCUCGGUACGCUCUUUGCUAGCCCGUUUCUGUCUGAACCUAGAUCGGUGAUAAAGCUGCCUGAACCGCCGUCGGAAGUUAUCAACUCCUGGGAGCUCAUGUCCGGUCUUGAUUCAGCAACGCCGUUGAGCAAAAGCCCCUCUCAGAGCUUCUCAUUUGCUGCUUUACCCACUUCCACCGCGGACUCUAGCUUCAGAAAUUCCCCUAUGCGCUUGAUGCAAAUGUCUGAUAAAGAGAACUCGAACCCUAAUUUCUCUUCAGACGGAGGAGCAGAAGCUGAUGAUUUGAACGUUCUACAGCCGUUGAGGUUAGCCGAAACAGUGAUUUCGAAGAAAUCUUUCAAUUCCAUGUACCCUUCCCUGGAGGGAUUCGAAGAGCUUUGUCCACCAAAUGGGGGAAACAAGGUGGUGAUCUAUACGACCUCUUUACGAGGUGUGAGAAAAACCUUUGAGGCUUGCAGCGCAGUUAGAUCCGUGAUUGAGGGAGCUGGGGUUUCCCUCUGCGAAAGGGAUAUUUCUAUGGACAAGGGGUUUAGGGAAGAGCUCAGGGAGCUCAUGAAGGGUAAAGACAGCAGUGAGGUGGUACCUCCCAGGGUGUUUGUGAGAGGAAGAUACAUUGGAGGUGCCGAAGAGCUACUGAAGAUUGCUGACGAAGGGAGAUUGGGAGAUUUGCUUCAAGGAUUGCCGAAAUUGAGGGCUGGGUACGUGUGUGAAGGCUGUGGGGGUGCACGAUUCUUGCCGUGUUUUACAUGUAAUGGAAGCUGUAAGAUGGUUAUGGUGGUGAGGGAAGACAUGGAGGAGAAGCAUGGCAGGACUGUGGUGGUGAGGUGCUCGGAUUGCAACGAGAACGGCUUGGUGCUCUGCCCUAUAUGCAGCUAGAAGACGCAUCCACCAUUGUUGUUGCAGCUUGCUCGGCUGGAGCUUGUCAAGUGGCUUUUGCAUUUAGGCAACUUCGAAAGAUACUUGAGAAGAUGGGGUGCGGCCUCCUGUUGGGAUAUUGAAGAGCAAUUUCAUCCGGAGGACGGAAGAGCAACACUAAGUAGAGGUAGAACUUAGCCAGAAGCUGGUUCCAUAAUGUAUCUAUAGUAUUUUGUAAAUUAUUAAUGCUUUCACUAUCAACUUUCUCUUUCUGCAAAACUAACAUGUUAAGUUCAAGCCAUUUUGAACAACAGUUGCCUUUGAUUUUUCAAUGUGAUGCCCAUGUUUUGGGUUAGUAAAUGCAUCAUCGGCUU